CACGCCAUUAUAUUUUAUAUUUCAGGAGAUACAGUUACCUAUUCUCUAUCCGGCGCCAAAAGUUCCGACUUCACCAUUCACGCGUCUAGCGGCGUGGUCACCCUUAAAAACGCGCUCAACUACGAGUCACGCUCUUCCUACUCGCUUACUGUCACGGCAUCCGAUGGUAACGGUCACGGUAACGGCAGCGUGGCGUCAACAUCAUUGACAGUUACGGUGACCAAUCAGAAUGACGCGCCAGUCUCCCUUAGUAGCUCGUACUCGGCUACUAUCGCAGAGAACGAACCCAGCGGGACAAAUGUGUUGAAAACCGGAGCCUCCGAUGAAGAUGGACAUGGUAUCUUGUUCUCCUUGUCGGGCAGCUCCGAUUUCACAAUUCUUAACUCGGGUGUGAUUCGGAUCAAGUCAGGAGUUACUCUCGAUUUCGAAACACAAGACAGUUACAAUUUAACGGUGACUUUCUCCGAUGGUGCAGCGAGCGACUCGAAGUUCGUCUCCAUUAGUGUUCUGGAUGAAAACGACGCGCCAACGCUGCCGAGCUCUCCCUACUCGACGAGCGUCUCCGAAAAUGUAUCGGUUGGCACGAGUGUUUACGAUGUGGACGCGAGUGAUCAGGACGGCGAUUCGCUGACGUAUUCGUUGUCGGGAUCGGGUGUGACGCAUUUCACGAUAGACUCUGGUACAGGAAUUGUGACAACCACUCAGAAAUUGAACUAUGAAGAUACGACUUCAUACUCCUUGACUGUGCACGUUUCUGACGGAAAUGGCGGCCGCGCAUCUACCAGCCUUACAAUCACGGUCACUGACGCCAAUGAUUCCCCAGAAUUCCUUGGUGCACCGUAUGCUGCUGCUAUUGAUGAAGGCCUGUCAAGUGGAUUUACACUGCUCACAGCGUCUGCGAUCGAUGAUGACAGCGGAGACACGCUGACAUACAGUCUUUCUGGUAUCAAUAAUGCCGACUUUGCGAUCGCAAGCAACUCUGGUCUUAUAAGUACUAUAAAGAGCUUAGAUUAUGAAACUGUGACCUCAUACGCGCUGACAGUUUCGGUGACUGAUGGUAAAACCACUAUCACGACGUCUUUGACUAUUACCGUCAAUAACAAGAAUGAUGAGCCUGCGUUUACUAACGCACCUUACUCAGCAGCUGUUGAUGAAAAUGACGCAGGCGCAGUCGUGUACACCGUGAGUGCAUCCGACCAGGAUACCGCUGACAGCUUGACGUUUUUCCUCGCGGGCUCAGGUUCAGCUGAUUUCGUAUUAGAUUCUUCUACAGGCGCUAUAACACUCGCUCGCGCCCUCGACUAUGAAUCUAGAUCCUCAUAUUUUUUAUCAUUAAUAGUUUUAGAUGAGAACGGAGGUAGCGCCACAACGAACCUUAACGUGUCAGUCAACAACUUAAAUGAAACACCAAGUUUUCUAACGACACCAUAUAGUGUGAGCAUCGCUGAGAAUCUUCAAACAGGAACCCAUGUCAUUCAAGUGGUAGCGAUUGAUGAAGACAACGGUGAUUCUUUGACUUACUCCCUAACUGAAACAAACAGCAGUCAUUUUGCAAUCUCCUCCUCGACAGGCCUGGUGACUACUACCCAACCACUGGACCAAGAAACCGUGGGCUUGUAUACGCUGGGGAUCAGUGUAACAGACGGUGACUCGUUUGCCACUGAGGCCCUGUCAAUCACAGUGAUUGACACAAACGACGCGCCAACUUUCACCAACGCCCCGUACAACGUAAGCGUGGUGGAAAACGACGCCGCUGCCGCGGUUCAUACAGUUAGCGCUACGGAUGAAGACAGUGGCGAUUCCGUGACAUUUACACUAUCCGGAACCGGAAGUACUGACUUUUCCAUUAACCCAUCCACGGGCGUGGUCACGUUAACACGUGCUUUGGAUUUUGAGACCACACCCGCGUACUAUCUUACCAUCAGAGCCUGUGAUUCAAACAUGGGCGUGGCUACGACAAGCUUAAACGUGACAGUUGUCGAUCAGAAUGACUCGCCCCAGUUCGUCAGCACGCCGUAUAGCAUGAACAUCGGUGAAAACCUCCCCGUCGGGACCACCGUGAUAAAAGUUUUUGCUAUUGAUGAUGAUCCUUCAGACACGCUGACAUACAGUCUGUCCGGAGCUAAUAGCGGUCACUUUAAUAUCGGCUCAAAUACGGGAGUUAUAACCACGGUGCAAGGACUCGACAGGGAAAAUAUCAAUUCUUAUUCCCUGAACGUGUCCGUAUCAGACGGCAGCGUGACAGUUAAUGAAGGGAUAACUAUCAGCGUUGAUGACCUCAACGACGCUCCAACGUUUUCUAACGCACCUUACAACGCAAGUGUGAACGAAAACGUCAACAGCGGAAACGUUUUUACGGUAAGCGCCACAGACGAAGAUGGAGAUACAGUAACGUUCAGCUUAUAUGGAGUAGGAAGUGAGCUGUUCUCGAUUCACGCUAAUACUGGAGUUGUGUCUUUAGACGACGCACUUGAUUAUGAAACAGUCAGCGGUUACACGCUAACAGUCCGAGGGAGUGAUAGUAAUGGGGGAGUGGCGAUUACGUCAUUGUAUGUUGACGUUGUCAAUCAAAAUGAUGACCCAGUCUUUCUUGGCACACCUUAUAGCACGAGCGUUGGUGAGGAUGCUAGUAUUGGAAGCACUGUAUUGGUUUUAACAGCGUCAGAUCAGGACGGUGAUUCGUUGACGUUUAGUUUGACUGGCAGCAGUGAUUUCAACAUUGGAUCAGCCACAGGGAUCAUAACAACGAGUCAGUCCCUAGAUUAUGAAACAACCAGCUCUUACUCGCUGACUGUAAAUGUCACUGAUGGUACAAAGACAGUCUCUCAGCCGCUGACCAUCAGUAUCCGCGACGUCAAUGAUGCUCCGUCAUUUACAGAUGCACCUUACAGUGUUAGCGUGAAUGAAAACGAGGCUGCAGGCGCAAUUUAUACGGUCAGCGCCUCAGAUCCAGAUUCAGGUAAGUUUUCGAAUAUGGGUUUAAAAAGGGGCAGUUACUCCAGUGUUUGCAAUCCCUACUUUCUGAAAUUACAUACUUUAAAUCAUCAACGGAAGACUUUGCAGUUGUCAAUNGUGAAUACUUACUCUUUGAACAUCUCUGUUUCCGACAGCACAAGCUCUGUAACAGAAGCUUUAACAAUCACCGUGCGUGACACGAAUGACGCGCCAGGUUUUACCAAUGCGCCUUAUACUGUCACAGUACCCGAAAACAACGCCAGCGCUGUCGUACACACAAUAAGCGCCACCGAUGCGGACAGCGGAGAUUCGCUAACAUUUUUCCUAUCAGGGGUAGGCAGCGGCGAUUUUUCCAUCUUGUCAUCCACUGGUUUGGUAUCAUUGAACACGGCGUUGAACUACGAACGAAAGUCAAGUUAUGUUCUCAGCGUUAUCGUUCGUGACGGGAAUGGAGGGCAAGCGACGUCGUCUUUGACCGUGACUGUCUCUGAUGAGAAUGACAGCCCCAGUUUUAUAGGGACUCCUUACAGCGUGUCGCUUGAUGAAGAUGUAUCUAUCGGAACUAUAGUGUUGCAGGCAUCUGCUAUUGAUGAAGAUUCUUCUGACAACCUGACAUACAGCUUGUCCGGGACGAACAGCUCAGAUUUCAGCAUUGCCGCAGCCUCUGGUAUUAUAACGACCGCUGUUACCCUUGAUUACGAAUCUGUUAGCUCUUAUUCCUUAACAGUUGUUGUAUCAGACGGAGUAGACUCGAUCUCUCAAGCUGUCACCAUUAGCAUCACUGACAAAAAUGACGUUCCUACCUUUGUAGCCGCGCCUUACUCCAUCACCGUCGCAGAAAACACUACCACAAGCUCAUUGCUCACUGUAAGUGCCUCUGACCAGGAUACUGCAGACACAUUAAACUUUCUUCUCUUGGGAUCUGGUAGCGAGUUGUUUUCGAUCCACUUGACGUCUGGAGUGGUUGCCUUGACUACAGCAUUGGAUUACGAAGUAACGUCACUUUACACUCUAACUGUCCGUGUGUCUGACAGUAAUGGUGGAGUCGCGACCACUUCUUUGACUGUCACUGUCUCGGAUGUUAACGACUCUCCCCAGUUUCUCGGCACGCCUUACUCGGCCACCAUCAGCGAGAAUCUUUCCAGCGGAAGUAACGUCAUUAAAAUUACUGCCAUAGAUGCAGACGGCGACUCUUUAACCUACAGCUUAUCGGGAACAAACAGCGGACAUUUCCAGAUGUCAUCGUCUUCCGGUCUCAUUGAGACCAGUCAAGAACUUGAUUACGAAACAGUAAACUCGUACUCUUUGACCGUUAGCGUCAGUGACGGAACUUUAAACAUCACUGCAGGCUUAACUAUCACUGUAACAAACAUCAACGAUGCACCUUACGUCACGAAUCUACCCGCUAACGUCACUGUUGUCGAGAAUGACGUCACGGCAGCUGUGAUUGACGUCAACGCUACAGAUCCCGAUGAUGACAAUAUCACUUUUACUUUAAGCGGAACCGGAAGUGAUGACUUCGUAAUGAAUUACGCCACUGGGCUUAUAACUUUGAGCGUGCCGCUGAAUUAUGAGCUGCAGACGCUUUAUUCGCUGACUGUACGCGUGUCUGAUGGGAUAGGAGGCGUAACUGCAGCGUCACUCACUGUCAUAACUGUCAACCAAAAUGAUGCGCCUGUCAUUUUAGGCGCUCCAUACACUACAAGCAUUGAAGAGAGUUUGAACGCUGGAAGUGUAGUUUACGAAAUAGCAGUAUCGGACGAAGACACCAGCGAUUCCUUUACAUCCACCUUAUCAGGAACAAACAGUAAUCAUUUUGCGAUUUCUUCAGUUGGUAUUAUAACCACGGCCCAGAUACUUGAUUACGAGACUGUUCCAUUUUAUACUCUCACCAUAACUGUUUCUGAUGGCACAGAAAAUGUCAACACAACUUUAACAGUCAAUGUUGUGGAUACCAAUGACUCGCCCCAGUUUACUAACGCGCCGUACACGGUCAGUGUUGAUGAGAACGACGCAAGUGCAGUGGUGGGCAAUGUUACUGCAGUGGACGUGGACAGCGGUCCAGCGGACACGCUUACUUUUUCACUUUACGGAGCUGCUUGCAGUUCUUUUUCCAUUCACUCAAAAACGGGUGUAGUCAGCCUUACACAAGCCUUAGACUAUGAACAAGACCCUCAGAUCAUCCUGACAGUCCAGGUCAGUGACGGCCGCGGAGGACUGGCCACAACUACUAUGACGGUGAAUGUGAAUGACUUGAACGACGCACCCGUGUUCCGAGGCACACCCUAUAGCACCUCUGUAUGUGAAAAUCUCCCGGACAGUACAAGCGUGCUUCCAAUCACAGCCACCGAUCAAGAUAGCAAUUACACGCUCACUUACGCGCUAUCGGGCACAAACAGCUCUCAUUUCCAGAUCUCUUCAUCUACAGGGUUAAUUUUGACCGCGCAGGAACUGGACUACGAAGUCCUGAGUUACUAUUCGCUAGUUGUAAGCGUUAGCGAUGGCAGCAUAACAGUGAGUCAACCGCUGAUCAUUACCAUCACUGACACGAAUGAUUCUCCGACUUUUUUGGACGCGCCUUACUCGGUACAAGUUAACGAAAAUGAUAUUUCCGCCUUGGGUUUCACGGUUAACGCCUCUGAUCCCGACAACGACACGCUGCAUUUCACGCUUUCUGGAUCACGAAGCUCCCACUUCACGAUCCACUCCUUAACUGGCCUAGUCACGUUAACGCAGGCUUUGAAUUUUGAAGAUGUAGCCAUUUACGUUUUGACGGUCACUAUCUCUGAUGGUGAAGGUGGUGUUAACGUUUCGACCCUCACUGUGGAAGUUAUCGACCAAAACGACUCGCCUUCGUUUGAGAGUACUCCAUUUAGCGCUGCCAUCUAUGAAAACAUCGACAUCGGAACACAAGUUGUUCUGGCUUCAGCCUCAGACGAAGAUGAAAAUUCGACCCUUACGUAUGCACUCUCGGGAACAAACAGCUCCGACUUUGUCAUCUCUAUCACUGGAGUCAUAUCAACGGCCAGCGAAAUCAACUUUGAAAGCUUCAGUUCAUACUCAUUGACUAUCUCAGUUUCGGACGGUACAACAACGGUGGCCACACCCCUAACUAUAACAGUCAAUGAUAUCAACGACCCUCCAGUGUUUUUUAAUGCAUCGUACUCUUUAACAGUGAAUGAAGGCGUCACAUCUUCUGUUAGUAUCUUGCAAGUAUCCGCAAGUGAUCAAGAUAAUGACACUAUCGUUUACUGUUUUGUUGGGAUUACCAGUUCAGAUUUCGCUGUUAACAGUGCAAAUGGCGUGGUAAGCACUGCUGUGGUUCUAGAUUACGAAGAGACGCCGUCUUACGUACUAACCGUGCAAGCGGACGAUGGAAACGGCGGGAAAACGCUGUCCAGUAUUACGGUGACUCUCACCGACCUUAAUGACGAGGCGCCUACAUUCAACAGCGCUUCUUACAACGGUCACGUGACUGAAAACGUUGUGAUUGGUUCCUCUGUCAUGACCGUGACGGCCUCAGAUGGAGAUGCCGCUGACAGCUUGCUGGCGUACUCACUUUCAGGCACUAACAGUUCACACUUUACUGUGACAAGCAGUGGUUUGAUACAAACCGGGAGUAACAUUGACUACGAGUCUGUCCAAGGCUACUCGCUGACUCUAACAGCAACAGACAGCGCUAAUAACACAGGCACGACCACUAUAAUAAUUACAGUGAUUAACGAAAUUGAUAAUGAUCCAGUAUUUAGCAGUGCAUCGUUCAGUGCUAGCGUGGCCGAGGAUGUGAGUCCUGGUACGAGUGUUGUUAGGAUAACGGCGAGUGACGCGGAUCUGGGAGAUGUUGUUACGUACGCUUUGUCAGGAGCAGACAGUGUUAACUUCACCGUCCAUGAAAACACUGGAGUUAUUUCUAGCAAUGCCCUUCUUGAUCGUGAAUCACAGGACAUUUACUCCUUUACCAUCACCGCUACGGAUUCUGGGGGUCGCGACUCAUUGGCUACCGUUAACGUCACGGUUAGUGACGUCAAUGAUAAUAGUCCCGUAUGUGGAGAGGCUGUGUACGCGGCGUCAGUAGCGGAAAGCGCGGCUGUUGCUACUUCCGUGAUCAGCGUGUCGUGUCCUGAUUUGGAUAUUAGCUCAAAUGGAGAGGUGACCUACAGUAUUCUGUCUGGAGAUGGCGGAGCCUUUGUGGUGAACUCAUCGACUGGCGAGAUAAUCACGAGCGCGUCUUUAGAUUAUGAAACUACACAAGACUACAAAAUAACAGUACAAGCCACAGAUGCUGGCUCACCUCCGCUUGCAACAACUACCACUGUCAUUAUCAUUAUCACUGGCGUCAAUGAACACUCUCCACAAUUCACACCCAACAAUAUCUACAACGUGACAGCCGCUGAGAGCCUGGCACUAGGACAUAACGUCAUCACCGUAUCGGCUAGUGACGCAGAUGCCGGUUCACAAGGCGAGGUUACCUACGCGGUAACUGCAGGUGAUACAUACGGGAAUUUCGUGAUUGAUAAAUACACUGGAGUGGUUGAAUUGGUGUCUAGUUUGGAUUACGAGACCAUUUCCCAGAUCACUCUCACAGUUACCGCCACGGACGGAGACUCAGGGAGCCCACUUAGUGCCCAGGCUACCGUGACGGUUAUUGUGGUGGAUGUGAAUGAUAAUUACCCUGAAUGCCUUCCAACAUUGCUGACGCCUGCAGUACUGGAGUCAGCAGCUGUUGGGGCUGUCGUGGCCACACUGAAUUGUAGUGAUCAGGACAGCGGAAGUGAUGGACAGUUGAGUUACACUAUCUCCUCAGGAAAUUCGGACGGAAAAUUUAACGUAUCAAGUAGCGGUGUGGUGAGCGUGACAGAUACACUGGAUUACGAGACAGUCACGUCAUACUCCCUGGUAAUCACCGUGACGGACGGCGGUGUCCCUAGCCUGUCCACGGAGGUGUCUGUCAAGAUAUCUGUGUCUGCUGUCAACGAGCAUGCUCCAAUAUUUACCAGCAGUGGUAGUUAUUCGGUCUCAGUCGCCGAAGACACAAGCCUAGGCACAGAGCUCCUCCGGGUAACAGCGAACGACGGAGACGAUUCCGGACAUGCGCACGGAAGGGUGAUUUAUUCCAUCAUUUCUGGAAAUACCGGUUUCUUUUUUCACAUAUCCGCCGACAACGGAGCGAUACAGCUAAUGAGGAGCCUGGAUCGAGAGGUAGUCUCGUCACACACGCUUGUAAUCGAGGCUACAGAUGGAGAAAACCCUGUCAAUGCCACCGUGUCAAUCACCGUCACGGACUCCAAUGACAAUGAACCGGUGUGUAGCCCAACAUCAUACAGUGCCAGCGUCAGGGAAGAUUCUGGCCUGGGAACUAGUGUGCUGAGUGUCACGUGCUCUGAUGAUGACGAAAGCAACAAUGGACUUUUAGUCUAUAGUAUCACAUCUGGGAACACCAACACUAGCUUCACUAUCGAUUCCAACGGCACUUUAUCCACAGCCGCGUGGCUAGAUUACGAGACCACGCCCAGUUUCGCGCUGUCAGUACUGGCACGUGACUCGAGCAGUCCAUCGUCAUCUCAAAAAUCCGUCGUCAUGGAAAUAAGCAUUGACGUUACUGCGGUGAACGAGCACGAGCCGGUGUUUAGCUCAGCUCAAUAUUCGACGAGUGUAGCAGAAGAUACUGCUGUGGGGACGUCAAUUCUGAGGGUAACAGCUACUGAUCAAGAUGAUGGAUUACAAGGUGAAGUGACAUACUCCAUGACGCCAUUAUCAGCUCCGUUCUAUAUCGACACCAACAGUGGUGUGAUCCGAGUGAAGACGAGUCUGGACAGAGAAGAUGUCGAUACCUACUCGUUAACUGUCACGGCUAGUGACCGAGAUCCUAACAUAGCUGACAUAAAAACAGCAUCUGUGAAUGUCACUGUUACUGUAACUGAUGUGAAUGACAAUGAUCCAGUGUUCUCUCCUGAUCAUUACAAGGUCGAAUUCUAUGAAAACACCACAGCUGGUUCCAAUGUCACUCAACUACAAUGUACCGACCAGGACCUGGGUCCUAAUUCAGCCCUUGUAUACAGCAUAACAGACGGAGACCCUGACAGCUACUUCAACAUAUCUUCCAGUGAAGUGACAUACUCCAUGACGCCAUUAUCAGCUCCGUUCUAUAUCGACACCAACAGUGGUGUGAUCCGAGUGAAGACGAGUCUGGACAGAGAAGAUGUCGAUACCUACUCGUUAACUGUCACGGCUAGUGACCGAGAUCCUAACAUAGCUGACAUAAAAACAGCAUCUGUGAAUGUCACUGUUACUGUAACUGAUGUGAAUGACAAUGAUCCUGUGUUCUCUCCUGAUCAUUACAAGGUCGAAUUCUAUGAAAACACCACCGCUGGGUCCAAUGUCACUCAACUACAAUGUACCGACCAGGACCUGGGUGCUAAUUCAGCCCUUGUAUACAGCAUAACAGACGGAGACCCUGACAGCUAUUUCAACAUAUCUUCCAGCACCGGCAAAAUCACCACAGCGAGAAACCUCGACUUUGAAGACGCUCAAUCAUAUUCCUUGACAGUAGAGGCACGUGACAGUAGUUCACCAAUCAACUCACAGCUCGCCUCUCUGUCACACGUUGACGUUAUUGUGACUCCGCUGAACGAACACGCGCCCGCAUUUAGCCAGUCUUAUUAUAAUGUGACGAUCUCAGAGAACACAACUAUAGGUACUACUGUUCUGUCAGUCACUGCUACAGAUAGUGACGCUGGCUCGCAGGGUGAGCUUGCGUUCUCCCUGGCCAGCAGUUCGCCAUUCUACAUUGACGAGGUCAGCGGUGCUAUUGUAUUAAAGCAGGCGUUGGACUACGAAGCUGAAACGUCAUAUGUCUUGACGGUGAGCGCCACUGAUGGAGAUUUAGCUUCUCCUAAAUCGUCAAGUGUAAAUGUGACUGUGAUGUUGCGUGACGAGAAUGAUAACGCACCGACGUUUACUCCAACGGUGUACAGCGUGACCAUAGCAGAAGAUACGGCCGUGUUUACUAACAUACUGAACUUGACAUGCGCAGAUGCUGAUUCUGGUACAAAUGGAGAGUUUCUUAUGGCAAUAACGUCAGGCAAUACUGGCACGGAUUUCUCCAUCACAGAUGAGGGCCUCUUGAGUGUGGCGACAGCACUCGACGCAGAAACAACUUCUUUCUAUUCUCUUGAGAUCACAGCUACGGACAGGCAUUCUACACAACCGCUCUCCAGUAUCGCGAAAGUAUCUGUCACGGUUACUGAUGUUAAUGAACACACUCCACAGUUUACAAAUGGCGGAUCAUAUACCACCCUGGUACCCGAGAACGCCACUGUGGGAACACUAGUGUCCAAUGUCACAGCCACUGAUCUCGACAUCGGCUCAGUAUAUGGCCUGGUUAACUACGCAAUUACAUCCGGGAAUGUCAAUGACGCGUUUACCAUCAGACCCACCGAUGGCUUGGUUUUUGUGAAGCGUCCGCUGGACAGAGAGAAAACAGGCUCAUACAGCCUUGUAAUUGAAGCCGCUGAUCAAGAUCCGAUAUCUCCCUUGUCGUCCACAGCCACGCUUGUAGUUACAGUUACGGAUAUUAACGACAAUGCACCCAGCUGUCUUCCUUGUAUUUACGGCGCGUCAAUCAACGAGUCUGUUGCUAUAGGAGCCACGGUUGCGCAGUUGACCUGUUCUGAUACAGAUCUCUCACCAAAUAUAAUCAGUUCGUACACGAUUACCACAGGUAAUACAACUGUGUUUUCUGUGGAUGGAAAUGGUCUGGUGACGACACUUACGGCUCUUGACUUUGAGUCUGUAAAGUCUUAUCUGUUAGUGGUAACUGUCACGGACGGAGGCUCGCCCCAGUUUUCCACUGACACAACUGUUAGUAUCCAGGUCACCGGAACGAAUGAGUUUACGCCGGUGUUUAGUAACUCGACAUAUUCAGUCAGCCAUUCAGAGGACACCGCCAUUGGCACCACAAUUGCUACAGUGGCAGCCACAGAUAACGACCAUGGACCCGACGGCCUCAUCGUCUUCACGUUCAUCGAUGGUAACUCGGAAGGAAGAUUCCAAAUCGAUCCUAAGUCGGGCGUGAUCGAAAUGCGAAAGCAGCUCGAUCGUGAAACAACAGAGAUGUAUUCUUUGAUCGUGCAAGCCACAGAUCAAGGCACGCCUAGCUUAUCGACCACAGCAACAGUUAACGUAACAGUGCUUGACGUCAACGAUAACGCACCGCUUUGUAACCACUUCUCUUACGUCAUUGAGAUGGCGGAGAACUUCACGGUCAAUGGUACGGUGGUGAGCCUACAGUGUAGUGACGCUGACCAGGGACAAAACGCAGUUAUCACGUACAACAUAUCCUCAGGAAACACAAACUCUACAUUUGUUGUAGAUUCCACCACAGGAAUCCUAUCUUUGUCCAGCGCCCUCAACAGGGAGUCACAGACAUACUACGACUUGAUCAUUGCUGUCACAGACAACGGUUCUCCGCAACUUUCUUCUGAAGUGCCAAUUUACAUCAUCGUCACUGCUAUCAAUGAAUACACCCCAACAUUUACACAAAAUGGCUUCUACAACUUGUCCGUGACCGAGAAUACCCUUGUGGGUACAACGUUGUUAACAGUGCAGGCUCAAGACGGAGACAGCGGAGUUCAAGGUCUCGUGUCCUACUCUAUAACAAGCGGCAACAAGGAUAACAGUUUCCUACUUGAUAGCAGCGAUGGGACUUUGACCCUUAGGAGGCCACUGGACCACGAGGUGCUUUCUCGGUACAGCUUAACGGUGCGCGCAUCCGACAACGCUCCCGCGCCCCUAACAAAAUGGAGCCUGGCGAUCGUGAACAUAAGUGUUAUGGACCUCAAUGAUAACGCCCCCUCGUGCACACAGAGCGCUGAGGUGGUUACUUUGUUGGAGUCUACCGUUGUUGGGACAGUUGUGUUUUCAGCCAAUUGUACAGAUAUAGACUCAGCUUCGCUUCUGUCCUAUCAGAUAGCGCAAGGAAAUAGCAAAGGCAAAUUCAACGUGUCGUCCACGGGCGAAGUGAGACUCGAUAAGUCACUUAACAUCGAGGACGAAUCGCUUUUCAGUCUACUGCUGACCGUUACUGAUUCCGGCUCGCCUGUGAAGGAAACCAAUGUCUCGGUGACUGUUAGUGUUCUCCCCGUCAAUGAGCAUGCGCCUAUGUUUAUUGCUGAUGACCAGCUCUACCAGAUUGACGUCUUGGAGAACAUUACCUUAGGAACCGUCGUGUUUCAUGCACAAGUCACGGACAAUGACACCGGAAUCCACGGGGACCUGCGGUACAUUCUUGUCAGCGGCAAUGACAAUAACAAAUUCUACUUGGACGAGGUGGCGGGGAGACUGGUGCUCAUCUCGAGCCUUGAUAGAGAGACCACUGACCAGUAUAACAUCAGUCUCAGGGUAGAGGACAGUGCUCUAGGUUCCCCGGAUGUCAAAUAUUCAAACGUGACGCUGUACAUUUCGGUUGAAGACGUCAAUGAUAAUCCACCUGUGUGUACAACAACUUUAUUUGCUGAGGAAAUCUUGGAGGAUCUUCCUCGUGGCUCAAACGUGACGUCCCUCACCUGCACAGACGAAGACCUGGGACCCAAUGGCAAUCUCUCGUUCGCAAUCGUCAGUGGAGACCCUGAGGACAAGUUUAGAAUGGACAACAGUACAGUGCUCGUAAAUGAUGACCUAGAUCAUGAAAGCCAAAGUGAAUAUAGCUUAGAGAUUCACGUGAGGGACCAUGGUGUGCCAAGUCACGUGACUGUUGUCAUAGUAACCGUGUAUGUCAAAGCUGUAAACGAGAUCACACCCACUUUCCAGUUCUCGAAUUACACUGUCACUAUCUCAGAAGCUACGGCUGUUGGUUCCCAAGUGUUUGACGCAAACGCAACCGACUCGGACACAGGACUCGACGGCCAGCUCGAAUAUACCAUCAGUGGUGGACUGAAUGGAGGAAUAGACUUCACUAUAGACCUUCAAGAGGGAUGGGUUUUUGUGGGGGCUGAGCUAGACAGAGAAACAAGGGACCUUUAUGUGCUGAACCUCACUGUCCAGGACAGGGCCUUAAAAGAGAGCGACCGAAGAUCUACUACAAUGGAGUUAACUAUUCACAUUACCGACGAGAAUGACAACCCCCCGUUAUUCACCCAGGAGAUUUACACGUCCACUAUCCCAGAGAAUGUUCCCACGGGGUAUUCAGUUACCCGGGUCAUCACCACAGAUGCUGACAUUGGAACCAACGCUGAGCACUCUUUUAGUAUCACAGGUGGAGAUGGCGUCGGCAAGUUCAGCAUCAACAGUUCCUCUGGCGUGAUUUCCGCACUGACAGGCCUGGAUCGAGAAACCAAAGACACUUACUAUCUGUCAAUCACAGCCCAUGAUGGCGGCACCCCUCCGCUAACCGGUUUGUGCGCAGUGCGUGUGUUCAUUUCGGACACUAAUGACAACAAACCCGUGUUCAGCCCGACUUUGUAUUUGACAAGCAUUUCAGAAGCCACGCCCCCUGGCACUGACGUCAUACCGGUGCACGCUUCUGACGUGGAUGUCGGCGUGAACGCUGAAAUAGAGUUUUCAAUUGUCGGCGGAGAUGCAAAAACACAAUUUAAGGUAAACCCGUCAGGCAUGAUCAGCACCAACAAGUCCUUAGAUCGUGAAGAUAUUCCGUUUUACACACUGAUAAUACAAGCCUCCGACAAAGGCUCCCCUCCCCUGACAGAAACUGUGUCAGUCAACGUCACGAUCUUAGAUGUCAAUGACAAUUCACCGGUCUUCAGUGAAAGUCUUUUCACUGUGAUUGUAUCGGAAAGUCUCCCUGUUGGUUCGCGAUUUCUGAACGUUACUGCAUCAGAUGCUGAUGUCGGAUAUAACGCACUGCUCACGUGGUCUAUAAUGAGUGGUAACACUGGAGAUGUCAUGGCAAUUGAGCCAUCCACUGGGAUGCUAUAUAAUGUGGGAUCAUUUGAUCGGGAGACCACACCAGAGUACUUCCUGAUGGUGAGAGCGGAGGAUGCUGGGAUAUCUUCUAAGGCCUCCUCUACCAACGUGCGCGUGCGUAUUAGCGACAGUAAUGACAACACCCCGGCGUUUAACGAAGCAGAUUACACGUUCUUUGUCGUGGAAAACCAACCAAUAGCAACGUCUGUUGGAACAGUACAGGCUAGCGACAUUGAUAACGGUACGCAUGCCCAGCUGGUUUAUUCAAUCAUGUCUGGAGAAAACAGCAAUCAUUUCUCAAUACAUCCUGUCCAAGGGACCCUGUACACAGCUGUAGUGUUGGACAGAGAAACUGUCAAGGAGUAUAGAAUCAAAGUGAAGGCUUCAGACUCCGCUGCGUUCCCUAACGACUUAUCCAACAUAACGAACGUUUAUAUCACCGUCCUCGAUCAGAACGACAACAACCCGAGUUUUUCUUUACCGUUUUACAACGCGUCCGUCCCGGAAAAUUCUCCAUCCGGGACUUCGGUUACCACGGUAACGGCUGACGAUCGUGACAGUGACGCCAAUGCUGAGCUGACGUACAGCAUUUCUCAUCAUUCUCCUGUGGAGUAUUUUAGCAUCGACAGCGCUACCGGGGAAGUGGCUGUGAAAAACGUGUUUGAUUACGAGAAUGUGAAGGUUAUCAAUGUAACGGUUACUGCGCAGGACAAUGGGAUUAUCAGGCUGAGUGGUUCUGUGUCUCUGGUUAUUUACAUAGAGGAUGUGAACGAUAACAGUCCCAUCAUUGAAAGGGAUUUGUACGAAACCAGUAUUCGCCACGACCGCGCAUUAAACUCUGUGCCUAUCGUAACAGUGAAAGCAACAGAUCGGGACUCAGGUGAUGCUGGGACGGUGGAAUAUCAGCUGGAGGAAUCUUCUUCGUUCUUUGAGGUUGGAAGCAGUGAUGGUGGAAUUCGCUUGACGUCAUCUCCUGAGAAUGGUCAGAAAUAUGUGCUGCGCGUGCGCGCUAGAGACAAAGGCUCCCCACCGCUGACCAGUGAUCCCAUCAGGGUUCGCAUCGACACGAUUGAUGCGGAACAGACAAUGGUCGAUUUAGAACUGGACAUAAGUUUGGAAGAGUUUGAGGCAAAUCGUGAUCUGUUUAUAGAGAAGAUCUCUCAGCUACUGGGAGCUGAAGUUAGAAUUGCAGAGGUCACAGUAGUGACGGAAGGAGCAAGAAGAAAGAAAAGAGAAACUACAUCUCGGUAAACAAUGUUUUACGAUAACUGCAGAAAUUCUCGCGCGCUCACUGGCUAAUUUUCAUUGUCAGUAAGCGGAUGCGUCAACAGGGGCCAAUAUGACAAUUUGUUAUUGUAAAAAGCAAAUUGACGUCAGUUCUUCAUGCGUCUGUCCUGUUAUUGACAAUGAAAUUCGUCAUAAGAUUGUCAAAGUGGUCUGCGGAUCCACUCUGCUAUCGCCUCGUGGAUUCACAGCUACUUUGACAAUGUUAUGA